AUGCAUUAUCAGAUAGUGAAUCCUGAUGGCACCUGGAUCAAAUUGGAUGCUAAGAGCACAGCUAACUACUGCCACGAGACUGAUGGAGAGGCGUGGUCCCUGGUGCGAGGCAGUAACGGCAUCACAUAUCUACAACAUGUGGAUGACAUCAGUGGGGAAAUAAAGGACCCGUUUGCCUUUGGUUUUGGAGCUUCUGCCCUUGGUUCCACUGCGGCACCCCCAACACUGGGAGCUGAAGGAGAGGCUGCAGGAGGUGAUGGGAAGGGAUAUGAUUUCACUUCAGCACAACACACUCCGUUCACUUUCUUUGGAGCAUCAAGUCAAGUCAAAACACCCUUUGGUGCCCCAGCCACCCCAAGCAGCCCCAGAACAGCAGCAGGUACCAACUUCACCUUCCCAAAGAACCCAGAAGAUUACGAGGCCCUCAAAGGAGCUGCACCUUUCAAGUUAAGCAAGGAUAUGGGAGCAGACUUUGAGCCAGGGAUAAAGGGACAAGAUUAUCCGUUCAGGUUCCCCAAGGAAUUUGGGGACAUGGUCCCCUCUGUGGGACCAGGGAGGGCCACUCCACCUCAAGUAGGAAGCGCUAUGUCCCUGACCCCGCCCUCAGGGAGGAUGGAUGGGUCAGGGGACGGCAUCGACACCCUGGGGGUGCCGGGAGUGUCAAUUAAAGAUCUGGUGAAAGCUUUAGGUAGGUUAAAGAGAUGAAAAUUCUUACUGAAUCAUGAAGUGAUGUGCAUCAUGGUUACUUUGAAGUUUAUUUGAGCGUGUGUUGAAGAGCAUUAAACUUUGCUGUGUUGAUUUAUAGUCUUUGUGGUAGUUGCUGUUAUCUUGCUCACGUGUAGGGGGUGUAUAACGGCAGAUAGAUGGUCUCAGAGGUGGGAGGCAUUUAAGGAGAGGCAGACAUGUGGGGGACAUUUAAAAGUGGGCCGACUCAGACGAGGGGGACAUUUAAGCAGGGGAGGGGGGAGUUGAACAUGCAAAUUUUUUAGUUGAUAUAAAAAUGACAGGGGCAAUUUUUAAGUUCAUUUAAAGUUUGUAAGUCUAUCUUUUAAUUAAUUUUAGUACAAAUGUUGACAGGAAUUGAUGU